AUGGCUUCCACUUUCGACUUCAACAAGGAAUGGGAACUAUCUAUGGAGCGGCAGCGGAAAUGCCUGGGCAAAAAUUCUAAACGUAUCCAAUCCUUAUCCUACGACAAGUUCAAAACGAGCCUCACAGAGGCUCGUGACAAGCACAGUAGAGCGCCAACAACAGCCGUACUCCAGAAGCUGCAACCCUUGUUCGACCAACUUCACAAUUUCGUCAAUGCCAUCACGUCCAUCGUGCAGUCAUCCCCUGAACUAACAGGUUUCAUCUGGGGAGCGAUACAGGCUGUUCUCAUAGUGGCGAGCCGGUUCACAAGCCUUCUUUCGCUCAUUACGGAAAUGCUUCACGACCUCACAUCACUAGUUGUUCAGCUAAAUCGAUAUCUUGCCCUGUUUCCAAAAGCGGAUGAACUUCAACAAUGUUCGCGCCAGCUUAUUGACGAUUAUGUUGGCUUCUCAAUUAGUGCUUUUCUUUUCUUCAAAAGAUGGCCAAUUUCCGUUACCGUGUUACCAGCAGCUUCGGAAAAGCUAUUCGAGGUUCCGUUUCUAAGAAACCCGCACUUCGCAGAGCGAGAUACAGAGGUGGAGCUAGUGCGAACAUCUUUGACCCAGCCAAAGCCACCUCAUGACAUACGUUCCACUAUUUGUUUAUUACAAGGCCUUGGCGGCGUCGGAAAAACAACCAUAGCUUUGGAGUAUGCAUUUAAAUACGGAGGGGAAUACGAUUUCGUGUUUUGGAUCCCAGCGCGAACAGAGCUCGACGUCCUCAACACAGCAACGGCAUUGGCCCGAAAGCUUCAAAUUGACAAGCCUUGGCUUCUUAUUUUCGACAAUGUAGAAGAACUAUCAACUGUGAUGCCAAUCUGGCCGACAAAUGGCCAGGGCCAUAUCUUACUAACUUCCCAAAAUUCCAAACUCGCUCACUUCUGUUCGUCAAACAUCGCGGUCUCUCUACUAGACAGUUCUGCUGGAUCCCGUCUGUUUCUCGCAUACCGAACAGUAGCUCAAAAUUCUCUUUCUCAGCCCAUUCCAAGUCCAAAGUUGUCAGACCACACUGAUCACCGUGAGAAGGCGGAACUCAUAGCUACUGAACUCAGUGGUAAUCCGCUGGCAAUUACAGCUGUUGCUGGACUGCUCUCAAGUAUGUCUCUUGAAGAGAUUCUGAACACCCUCCAGCGUUAUAGCUCCUUUUCGAAAAUUCUCCCACCAGGUACAAGCCCUACCCUCGUACAGUAUGACAGUCCAUUUGGUGCAACCUGGGAUAAGGCGCAAGAGAAACUUGAUCCGAGUUCACGUCUACUCGUCCAAACACUGGCUAUGCUUAGCCCUACUGGGUUAACAGAGGAGAUUGUCCUGUCUGGAGAUCAGAAUGCUAAUCUCUCCCUCUUCCGUCUUGAUUCUGUGGCUCAUUUCGGACAUACGAAGCCAUCAUCUUGUUCAGCGUCAAGGCUCCGACGGAAGUGCCUAUCUUCUGCUACACGGUCUUUACUCUCGGUCGGAAUCGCCUUCGCUGAGUUGUUAGGCGACUCCACAAGCUAUUUUUGGGAGAGAGGCUUCUACAAAGAGGGUUAUGAGACCAGUGAUGCCGCAGAAGCAGUUUGCGAUACAUUAGAGAAUGAGUAUGCAUCUGAAAAGGCCAACAUCUAUGCUAUCUCAGGUGCAAUUCGUCAGGGACAUGGGAUCUCUCAGCGUCGAAGAUGUAUAGAAACGUGGGGUAAGGCCCUGAAACUACGCCAUGCGCAUUUACAGGCAAAGAUACCAUAUAUGACCAUAGAUGAAGAUAUCGUCUGUUGGGGAAAUGCGUGGAACGACCUUGGCUGUAUCUAUGUUGAUCUCGGGUCCUAUGCUGAGGCUUUUGACUUUUUCAUGCUAGCAUGGGAAAUACGCAAAGCUUCCCCUCUGUGCCAACAGCAUUACAACCACUUUCCAGAAUCACCGAUGAACGUCGCAAUAGCUCUCGCUGGAAUGAGCAAGCACCAGGAAGCUAUUGAUCUGAUGUCUGAAACGACUCAAACUCACUUUGCUCUGGUAUCCAUUCUGGUCUCUGCUGGAAGAUACGAAGAUGCAUUUUCUGAGGCCAGAGCUGUUUAUGAAAGAAGGAAUAAUAUUUUCGGUUUAGCUAGUAGGCAAACUUCCGAUGCAGCCUAUAUGCUGGCGGUUGUAGAAGAGAAACGAGGGAAUUUUGACAAGGCCAGGGCCCGAAUGGCUGGACUGAGGAAGCCGUAG